AUGGACCCGCCGCCGUACUCGGUCGAGCCGCUGCUCAGGGAAUGGCGCGCGUACGCUGUCGUUCUCGAGCAGAUGUACGCCAAAGACGUCAAGGAGGAGAUCCUUCGACGGUGGUACCUCGUCGUGGCGCGCAAGACGGUCGCGAGGCUCCAGAUGCAGCGCCAGGAGCACUUGCUUCGUGACCAGAGCCCUGCCGACCAACGGAACGUCGUCGGGGUCCUCGUCGUCGAGAGCAAGGACAACAUGCAGGCCGUUACGAAGGCCGAGAUCGUCGACCCAGAGCACAAGCUCGAGCAGCUCCUUGACAGCUUCAGCAAGCUCGUCAAGGACCGCGGUACUGCUCGCCGGGCGCUCAAGUCCGUUGUCGGGCGAGGGUCAACAGUGCGCCAGGGCAAGCUCGAGGACCUCGAGGAGAAUUUCAGCGUCGUCUCGCACGAGAUCGGCAACCUCGUCGCACGUCGUGUCGAGCUCGAGGACCUGAAGUUUGGCUUCGAGGCGCUCAACGAUCAUCUAGGGCGCCACGGUUCGAUCGGCAACACCCGACCGCGUCACCCGACCACCUCGAGUGAGCCCAUGCCCGAGUUCGAGGUGCGGCUGCCGUACAGCUGGGGACUCGUCGAGGGCGAGGACGGCAAGGUCCGGCUGCCUCCGCCGUCGACGAGCGUCUUCGAGCCCGUCGGUCGCGAGAUGGCCUACUCGGCUGCAGCCCGGGUCACCCCUCCUCAGAACAUCGACCGCCUGCUCCGCUACUCGUGGAUCCCUCGGCGGCGCAUCUCCGUCUGGGAAAGCGUGUCGUCGGCCGAGGCCGCUGCGAUGGGCAUUCUUGAGUAG